AACCACACUAUAGUUCCUUGCUGCAUAGUAAGCUGGCAGUUGCUGCCAAUGGCGUUUCUGCGCGGUCUCGAUACCCACUCGCCGAACUUGACUGGACAUUAGCAGAAAUCGCUCGCGUGGCGGGACUCCCAGGGAAAAUCCUUCCUCGGAGGCGUAGGUGUGGUCACGUCACGUGCCGACUCCCGUGCUCUGUUAGGACCAUGUACUUCCAAAAGAUCGAGAGCUUUCAGGCGUAGCAAGGAUACUGUUACAUCUCCCAGUGGCGUCGUAACAAUGUCGAACCAGCGUUUGCAGUGGGCGAGGGGGUCAUUCAUUCACAGUGCUUAAAUGGACGCCACUCGGCAACCAUUACUGCAGUCGUCAUCUGCCAGCCACUGAUUUUUCCUCGUGCUGCUUCCAGACUACAGUAGAAGGACCUUGCGGGCGGGCAGGAUGCGACGUUCGUGCGACGUCCAAAUCGUCUGCGAGGUCGCCCCAAUCCCACCCGCCGAGACCGUCGUGAAAUGGGCGGUCAACUCAGCACAUCAGCGAAAGCAGAGAGAGCAGCCAAGCCAACCCGCCUCGACCCUCAUCCGAUGAGGGAGUCCCUUCUUCCCCAUCGACCCCAUCGACCCCAUCGACCCAUCGAGCCCAUCGAGCCCAUCGAGCCCAUCAAGCCCCCCGCAGCCGUGUCCCGCCUGCGCGCGCGGGGGUACGCUGCAUCCGCCCCUUGCGGAAGCGGCGGAAGCUGCGGAGUCCGUGUGACUCGGCGUGCAAGCCCCGGGAUAUCUCGUCUGAAAUUUCGCGUCCGUACUGUUCGUCUCCGCACUGUUGGCCUCCGCACUGUUGGCCUCCGCACUGUUCCUCGAAAGAACCACCUGUCCGACGAAUUCAGGCGUCUCCCCGGUGGCGAAUUCCGAUGAUACUCGUUUCACUUAGGCGACUCAAUUCAGUCCGUCCGCCAUUGAACUACUCCGAGAAGCAAGACUGCCAAGGGAAAAACCAAAGUCGAAGAGAUUGUCUCCUUCAAGGAAAACCCAGGGCGGGCUGCUCUUCUUCACGCGGGCUGCUCUUCUUCACGCGGGUUGCUCUUCUUCACGCGGGUUUGCUCUUCUUCACGCGGGUUGCUCUUCUUCACGCGGGUUGCUCUUCUUCACGCGGGCUUCUCUUCUUCACGCGGACUGCGCUGCUCUGCGCCGCCAUGGCGCGUUCCUCGGAAGCGAUCACGGGAUCCGCGUCCCCGUCCUCCCCGAUCUCCAUUCGGCCCUGGUCGCCCGAGGAGGACGCGGUUCUGCUGCGCCAUGCACUGCAUUGCGGCACGAGGCAGUGGGGAGAGUUGGGGAGGAGCGGUCAGCUGAAGAGAAACAACAAGUCGUGCUGUAACCGUUACAUCUUCCUCAGAAGGAAGUUCGUUCAGCGCUUUCAGGAGAGCCUUCUGAGGGAGCACUUGGGAGGCAGUGCACAUCCGCAGCUCAUUGCUGCGGAGCGCUACCAUCAGUUGCCACGGCACACCCAGCAGCAGCAGCAGCAGCAGCAGCAGCAGCAGCAGCAGCCAGCAGCAGCAGCCAGCAGCAGCAGCAGCAGCAGCAGCAGCAGCAGCAGCAGCAGCAGCAGCAGCAGCAGCAGCAGCAGCAGCAGCAGCAGCAGCAGCAGCAGCAGCAGCAGCAGCAGCAGCAGCAGCAGCAGCAGCAGCAGCAGCAGCAGCAGCAGCAGCAGCAGCAGCAGCAGCAGCAGCAGCAGCAGCAGCAGCAGCAGCAGAGCAGCAGCAGCAGCAGCAGCAGCAGCAGCAGCAGCAGCAGCAGCAGCAGCAGCAGCAGCACAGCAGCAGCAGCAGCAGCAGCAGCAGCAGCAGCAGCAGCAGCAGCAGCAGCAGCAGCAGCAGCAGCAGCAGCAGCAGCAGCAGCAGCAGCAGCAGCAGCAGCAGCAGCAGCAGCAGCAGCAGCAGCAGCAGCAGCAGCAGCAGCAGCAGCAGCAGCAGCAGCAGCAGCAGCAGCAGCAGCAGCAGCAGCAGCAGCAGCAGCCAGCAGAGCAGCAGCAGCAGCAGCAGCAGGUUGGUGUGGGUUCACCCGGGUCCCUGUCGCCUGCUCUUACUUUCGGUGGGCUGUCGUUUGAUGAGUGCAGGGGCGUCUUCCUCUCACCCAAUGCCCGCCGCCCAACAGCUCAAGCCGACCUCUCGUCUGCUUUCGCGUCUGCCACUGCCUCCCAUGGCGCUGCCUCCCAUGCCACUGCCUCCCAUGCCGCUGCCUCCCAUGGCGCUGCCUCCCAUGGCGCUGCCUCCCAUGGCGCUGCCUCCCAUGGCGCUGCCUCCCAUGGCGCUGCCUCCCAUGCUGCCACCUUCAGUGCCGCCGCACCCAAUGCUUCUGCCUUCAGCGUUGCAUGCCGCGUGCCACUGUCUUCAAUGACCGACGCCCCACAAUCCGCCAAUGCUGCUGCCGUCUCCAGUCCUGCUGCUGCCUGCGAUGCUGCGGCAGUGAAUAACGUCAUCCGCCCCGGCGCAGCUGCUCUCAGCCUGCCCAUGAAGCGACCCAGAGGCGACUGGAGCGGGCCUUUGGAGGUCCCACAUCUGUUGGGCCGACCUGUAUUCGGGUCUCUGGGCCCUGCGCUGGGGCAUGCGGACGCAUUGGACACACACUGUGUGCAGCAGGGAGGGGAGAGGAGCGGAGUGCAGCAGGUGGUGUGGCCUCGCGUGGAGUCGGGGAGAGCCCUUCUGCUGGAGGAGCAUGGGCAGCUGGAGAGGAGGUGGAGGAGAGUGCAGCGCAUGAUGUGGCCUGACAUGGGUUCAGGAGGAGCAGCGCUGUCAGCGCCACCGCCCAUCCAACUCACUGCUCUGGCGGGUUCAGUUUCUGCUGGAAUGAACUCCUGUGUUGGAGGGACGCCCCUUGCCAGUGCAAGCAACAGAGGACAGGAGCUGCCCUCGGCAAUCGGCUCUUGCAACGUGGGGCAAGAAACGGACUCCUUGUUUAUCGACGCGCCCGUCUCUGUCCUGUGCUUGGCUGGGCGUGGCCCCACUGGUGUGCCCUUGGCGAGUGGGCCUCAGCGACGGGCGCUUGCGGCCUCUCUUCCUGAGCCAGGCCUGGCAGCGAGGCUGCUGGAACAAAGGGGGACUGGGGAGGGAGGUGUGGAGGGGGUGGAGGUUGGGGAGGGAGUUUCUCAGCUGCAGUACCAACUGAACAGUCGUGAGCGGUUCAAGCAUGCUCACUUUCCUGCACUCUCAUUGCCCCGCCCGCUACCACACCCGCUGAGACAGGCUCAUAUACAGUCCCCCCAUUCUCAUCAGCUCAAGCCUUGGGGCUUCGCCAACAUAUCUGGGGCUUUGGGAGAGGAGGGUGCAUUUGCAGAGACCUUUCUUGAUAAUGAUGGGGAUUUGGAUAUGCGUAGUUACAACAGCACCUUGAACGGAGCAUACGGAUUUAAUGACACAGUAAAUGCUUUUAGCGGAAUACCAUCUCUGCAUGUGCGGCCCCAGAUGCACAGUUGCCAUUCUGGCCGAGCUCCAGAGGUUGCACAGAAUCUUGCUAACGUUUUGCUGCAUUGCUCGGCAGGUCAAACAUUGAAUUGUAUUGCUGAAUCAUAUUUAUAAACCACGUUCUUUGUUCCGUGCAGG